AUGCAGACUCCGAAAGACCGAUCGCACGAUGCACUUCCGAAUAAUGGUGACACCUCGCCAUCAAUACCGCCCACUUCUGCCACUCCGGCCACUCCAAAACCAGCUGUCGGUUCCGAUGAGUGGCACAAGGUGCGGAGAGACAACCACAAAGAAGUCGAGCGGCGGCGCCGAGAAACUAUCAAUGAAGGUAUCAACGAGCUUGCGAAGAUUGUACCUGGAUGCGAAAAGAACAAAGGCAGCAUCCUCGCACGUGCCGUACAAUUCAUCACACAGCUCAAAGAAAAUGAAACGCAAAACAUUGAGAAGUGGACGCUCGAGAAGUUGCUGACAGAACAAGCCAUUGCCGAGCUGAGCUCAAGCUGCGACAAACUGAAGGCCGAAUGUCAGCGAGCGUGGGCCGAAUGUGAGCAAUGGAAGAAGGCCGCUCAGAAGGCUGGCGCUUCCAUCAACGACGAGAAAGACGACGCCGACGGCGAAGAUGCGGACUGA